AUGAUGAAAACAGGAGGAAAACCUUGGCAAGCAACAACAGCAUCAUCACUAUUGAUUGGUUUAAUAUUAGGAGUAAUAGUUACCGUUUCAACAAAUUCAAUAAUAAAUUGGAUCAAAUCGAAAUAUGUAGAUAAUAAAAAAAAGGAUCCAAGUUUCGUUAAAAGUACGGAAAUAACGGACGGUAUAGUGGGAUUAAUAGGAAAUACUCCAUUAAUGCGAAUCAAGAGUUUAAGCGAAGCAACUGGUUGCGAAAUAUUGGGAAAAGCAGAGGUAAUAGGUUGUGAUUAUGUUAUUUAUGCGUUGUUUUUGUUCUCGUGUCCUAAAGAUCGAGUAGCUCUCAAUAUAAUUAAUAAAGCAGAAGAAAAAGGAUUAAUAAAACCAAAUACUGGAUGUACAAUAUUUGAAGGGACAACCGGAUCCACUGGAAUAUCAAUAGCAAUGGUAUCUCGAGCUAAAGGAUAUAAUGCAUGGAUCGUCGUUCCUGAUGAUCAAGCUGAAGAGAAAUAUCAAUUAUUAGAAAAAUUAGGCGCCACAGUAGAGAAAGUGCGACCGGUCGGAAUUGUUGAUAAAAGACAAUAUGUUAAUUUAGCUCAAAACCAAUUUGAAAAUUUGGCAAAUUUCGAAGCACAUUAUAAAGGAACCGGUCCUGAAAUUUUUCAACAAACCAAUGGAAAAAUUGAUGCAUUUGUAGCGGGAGCAGGUACCGGAGGAACUAUUGCAGGAAUAUCUCGCUAUCUUAAGCCUCUUAUUCCAAAUCUUAAAAUUUAUUUAGUUGAUCCACCCGAAGGAAAAAGACGUCGACAUCAAGUAGACACUGUAGUGGAAGGAGUAGGAUUAAAUCGAAUUACAGAAAAUUUUAAUAUGUCGCAGGGAUUUAUAGAUGAUGCGAUUAAUGUUACAGAUGAAGAGGCGGUAACUAUGGCACAAUAUUUAGUUCGAGAGGAAGGUCUUUUCUUGGGAAGUUCAUCAGCUAUAAAUUGUGUUGGAUGUGUACGAGUUGCUAGACAAUUAGGACCGGGACAUCGUAUAGUGACAAUGUUGAAUGAUUCUGGUGUAAUUUUUCCUGAUUAUUUUAAAGCAAUAACUGAUGGUCUAGGCAUCACUGAUGAAACAUUUAAACGUUUAAAUCAAAGUCAUCCUAUGAAGAUACAUGCAUUUGAUUCAGGCCUUUUAAUUACUUUCUCUGUAGUAUUGUUUAUGAGAAUGCUUAAAGAAGAGCCCGGUAUCAAAAUACUUUAUGAAACAACGGAACUUAUACCUGUCCCAAGUGGAAAUUGCUCUUCAUAUUUUACCGAAGAACACGAUGCUCCGGAAAGCUAUGGCUAUGAUCUUGCAUUUUUACCAAUGGGAAAAGUAAAAAUGAACACUUCCGAAUCAGAAGAUAUAUUUCUUACUAUACAUAUCAAUGAUGACACAUAUAAUCAUUUAAAUCAAAGUUCUCCUAUGAGGUUGCAUGCAUUUGAUUCAGAUUAUCCGUAUGAAAAUCAAAAUCCACCUAAGUUUAUUGAAUCAAUUGAGACGGAAAAUAAAUAUUAUUUAACACAAUCUAAUGGUACAAAU